UAGUAUCGUCCAUAACCUUCAGAAAGAACAGCAGCGAUAAGUUGUAGUGGAUCAUGCACCUUGACCAUGUUUACCUGAGCCACGAUCCACGAUCGAAUCGAAGUAAGCGGCGAAACAAACUGUAGAAACAAACGACAUACGCAAGUCGAACGACCGCCUACUCCGUUGCCGCGAGUGUCGGAAAAUCGACGCGGAUCCGCGAGGAAAACUCGGAAAAGUGCGAUCGGGAAAGCCGGAAAAGUGAGAGUUUUGGAACGCGCGAGCGGCCGUGAUACCUUAUGUUUUAACCUCUGUGGUGGGUCAAUAGAACCAAUGAUAAAACAGAACGCUGAGAGGAAUACCAGCUACUGGAUUGAAACAAGAAUUUUUUAAAUGAUUUUCACGAAAUAUUGAGUUAUCCAAAUGUAACUGAAGCACAAAUCUUGUUGAUAAAAGCUACAAAUGACAUGCAUCAUCAUCAACGGAGGAAAAUAUACGAAUGUCAAGUGAAGAAUUAAUCAAAUAUAGGCUAUUACAGAAUGUCAGGAAAAUGUAAGGGCAUAAACAACGCGUAAUAAUAUGAAAAAAAUCAAAUUCAUACGGCAGGUCUUUAUGUUUAGCGAAGUUAUGGGUUACUGUUUUUUCUUUGGCAAAAUCUCUUAGCCAAUCUUAAUCUAUUAGCAGAUUGGCAAAAUGGCGAUGACUCGACGAGCUUAUUUACAUUUCCUGGACUAUAAAUAGCAAUAUGUGUUGCGAAUUAUAAAAUUAGUAAUUUAUUUACAAGAUGAUAAGCCACACUCUAUUGUUCACACUCGCUAGAGUGCACACACCGUUUGAAAAAAGCAUGGAGACAUAGACAAAACCAUCUUUAAAGAUAACCUGAAAUUAUGCCGACAUACAUCUAAUCUCCAGUUAAUCUUCCGAAAAUAGAUAACAGUAACUGUGAUCCUUGAAGGCAAAUUUUCUACGUCCCGCCAUAGUGCAAAUAUGUUUUUUACAGUGUUAGUGAGUGUUUUAGUAACAUUGUGGGUUUUAUUCAGCGCAGCUUUAUAUUUGUACUACUAUGUCAUCGACGUCAUUUUAGAUUUACCAGUAGCUGGCCAGUCACCCUGCUCAGCGCACGCAACCUUGAAGCAGAUCAUCGAAAGGCUGUUGAGAGAAGCCCUAAAUCUUCCCAAUUUGAAUAGAGACACGCAAAGUUUACCACCAAACGAAACUGAUAGAACUUAUGAGGACCUUCUAGCAACUGCCAUAAUCAACAAGGUGGUGAGUAAUGGUCAGCAUACCCGUCCAGGCUCAUCAGCAGCCAGUUUGUCCAGUAGAACAUCAACUCCAAGAAGAAGACGCGUCAAAGAAUAUUUCUUCGGAGAAGAGACCUUGGAGGAUAAGUGGAAGACCACAGACCUAGACACCUCUUCAGUAUCCAGUCUUGAAGAAUGGAUACACAGCGAUUCAAGUUUUGGACCCAAGAAAUAUGUCGAUAGGGUCACUCUUACGAUAAAACAAGAUAUCGAAGAAGUUGCCCACAGCGAGUCGGAUGAUGAAGAUGACAGUGAAUACUUCAGAACAAACUCGUCCUUGCUGAGCGAAGAAGAGCCUAAUUGGUUCCUUCAGAAGCGACAGUUUCAAGGAACUCAUUCUCCAGUGCCAGUACCGAUGCUAGUACCUAAUCCCACUACGGAAGCCAAGGUACUGAUCGGCGACAAAGAAAUAGACGAAACGUCCGACCUGUCGGACGCAGGUUCCGAUUACGGUGAGGCAGAGUCAGUACCAGGUCGAACCAGCCUGCUGAUAGAAUCGAAGACGGUGAUUGGCGGGAAAAACGUCCUGGUAAACGGUGAUUCUGAUGAGGAAUCUUCCGGAGAUUCCGGGGUCAAAGAGGUAGACGGCAGCGCCAGCGGGACACACACCCCAAACAGGCACAUCGCCAGAGCCGACAUCACUGUGGACGACGACAACGUUGAAGACGCGUCGAUUAUGUCAGUAUACAGUAAUACUGAGAAAGUAGCAGAGUAUACAGAGAAAUAUGGUUCACUUCCAAGAACCAUUAUGAAGUCUCCAGUACCUACACCACCAGCAAGAGCUUCAUUGCAAAAGUCAAAGCAACAGACCAACACAUCACAACAAAAUGGCACGGACCAAACAGAUAAUAUGAAAGAAAAUGGAGUUCAAGAUCCUGGGGAUGACUCAAAGGAAGAUUUCGUGGUAUUCUCAGGUAGCUACAGUAGAAGAGAAAAGGAAAAAUGGAAACAUGCUAUUGAGAUGAAGAAUAAUCCGUAUUCUCCAGAAAACAUCGAAAAGCGAAUGAAACACUCUUCAAGUACCAUCAGCUCACUAUUUGGUCCAGACUAUUACGCGAAAUUGGCCGCCACGCCGAGCGGGGGCCGAGUGGACUCACCAGAGGUUAACGAUUUCAUCUGGACUCCAACUAAAGAACGGGAAACCGAAGAGCAGGAAAAGAGCAUGAUAAUCGAAGAUGUAUUUUCAAGUACCGACGCUGGCACUCCAACACCCAAUGCCUCGCUAAAAUCAGUACCUAUUCUAUCUCCAGAACCCAAAACAGAGCUAGAAAUGACCAGUGACAGCGAUUUGAGCGUAGUCAAUUGCUACAACAUCGCAAACUCUGAGGUAUCUGUAACUCCCAAAGUACGAAACGGCACCAUUGACAACGCUAGUGCUAGUGAGUCUGAGAUAGAAGUUGUCAAAAAAGAUAUGCCAGAACGGCCAAAGUACCUAAAGCUGAACUCUGCAGCACCUUCUAGAUCGCUGAAGUCACCGCUUGAAAUAACCAGUUUGAGAAGGCACAAAAGUGAGACAGACUUACUGUCCGAGGAUUCUUUCAAUAAUCCUCCAAGAAUUCUCGGUCGGAAAAAAGAUAACACCUUAAUUUCAAAGAUAUAUCAAGAUCCACAUGUUCGAAAAUUUGCACUAUCAAGUAGGGAUCAUCUACCUGUAGAAACAGUGAACUAUGGCAGAUACGAUGGCAAUCAACUUUGUUACAACUCAGAUGAUGGAUUUCCCAGAAGAAAACUCUUAAGCUACGAUGAUGAUUUAUUGAGUUCAAACGUAGUUAGAAAGAACGAACAAUUUAGAGGACUUAGAAGAGUCCAACAGAAUUUAGAAAAGGGACAAAGACAACACAUUUAUAGUUCCAGUGAAGACUUGCUCGGCAACGACGAAUGUGAGAAAACAUCGCCAAGAAAAGAUAACACUAUAGUAUCUAAAAUAUACCAAGAUCCGAACGUCAGAAGUUUCGCUUUAACCAACAAGGAGCGGGAAAGUUUACGUAAAAAAAGUUACAGUUCGGAGGAGGAUGUAUUCUCCAACAAAAGUUCUCCAGGCUCGCCGAAGUUGUCUUCUACCAGAUCAGAAAGUUGUUUAAAUGACACAAUCGCUAAAAAUGAAAUAGAAAUAAAAACACGUUUCGUACAUACGCCUGAUCCAGACAUUGAUGAACUCUCGAAAAAGCAGAUCGUUCAUAAUAUCCUAGAUCGGAUGUCGAGAUCUCGAGAUGUUUCGCAGGAACGAGGUCGAAAGGAUGGUUAUAUCACAGAUGAGGAGAUCAAUGUCUCAGUCAAGGACUUGAGAAAGCUGUUUGAAAGCAAUGAAGUAAGUAUUCAAUACUUCGCGAAAUAUUCAGAUAACGAAUAGUUGACAGUUCUCAAAGUUCGUUUUCCGAUUAGGGUAUUCUCUACACAAAAAAACAUUUUUAAAUAGAUUGAUUCAUGUUUUUUUUUCUGUAUUUCGCACCGAAGGGAUCAGUCAAUCGGAUUUCAUUUUUAUUCCGGAUACCGAUAGAAGGUGACCCUACAUUUAAUCUCAAACUAUCAACGUCAGAGAAUAAAGGUUAUUUUACUCACUUCAGUCAGAAACUCAGAUGGUAUAAGUGAGGUUACAAUAUUACGGCAUUAAGUUCGGAAUUUUAGGUUUGACUGAGAGUAACACCCUCAAUAUAUUUUUGAAAGCAAGAUAUAAAUAGUUCGUUGCUGUAAUAAGAAUUAUGGAAAAUAUGUCAUUCCAGUGGCUACAGGCAAGGUGAUUUCUAGUCUAACUGCCAGAAGUUUAUCCAAACAAAUUAGAGAAGACUUGAAGCAAAAGUAAAAGCCACACAGUGCAAUUGUCUAAUAAUUUUAUGGGCAAUUAUACAUAUAAUUCCCAUAUGUACACUGAUUUGGUUACCUAACUUCCAGAGUAUUAUAUUUUUUAAUUAUUUUUAUUUAUUGUGUUCAACACAUAACCCAAAGAUAUUCGUUUUAAAAUACAUCCUUUAUUGUCAUACUAUGUACAUAACAAACUUAAUUAUAUUAAAUGUAUAUUAUGAGAAAUGUAUGCCUUCCUGGUUGAAAGCAUGUAGAAUCCUGUAAAAAAUGAUUGUACUUUAAAUAAAGAAUUUUAUUAUUGCUUAACCUUAAUUUUGUUUAAAACUCAACCAAACAUACUGUGACGCCCUCGUAACUACAACUUUUAGUAAUGAUGUGCAUAAGAUGUACAUCGACACUUAGGCAACCGGAAUUACGGACGCCGCAAGCAUUUGUCACCCUUCAAGAAUAUAAUAUACGCGUGCCGAGAGGGGGCAGUAGAGUAGAGUCGACAGAGG